CCAGCGGCGCCGGACGCGGAGGCCCCGUGGAAGAAGCGGCGCCGCCGCGGCGCGGCGGUGGACGCGCCAGAGGACGCGCCCAGGGCGGCAGGCAAGGCGGCGGCGGCGCAGGCGCCGGCCAAGGCUGGAGCCUCCGACAGGGCUGCUGCGGAACGGGUGGCCGCGCAGGCGGCCACGGCUGCGGCGACGGCCGCGAAGAAGCGGGUGGAGGUGCCCCCGGCGCAGAGGGUGGUGGUCUCGAACAUCCCGCCUUCGGCGAAGGUGACGGAGCUCGCGGAUUUCUUCACGGGGGCGAUCUUCUCCGCCACCGGCCACACACUCGCGGCGCAGUGGCAGGGCGGGGAAGCCUCCAAGGUCAUCGUGGGCGCGGACAUGCUGCCCAGCGGGGGGCGUGCCGAGGGCCGGUCUGCCGACGUGGCCUUCGGCACGCCGGCCGGCGCGGACGUGGCCCUGGCGCUGAACGGCAUCCAGUUCCAGGGGAGGAGAACUUGGCGAUCACCCGCCCGAAGAAUUACAGCGGCCCUCCCUCGAGCCGGGCGAAGCUGCAGAGCCUGACCCUGAAGGACCUGAUCGCCUCCCACGCCGCCGCGGGCGCUGGGCCGUCGCAGGCGUCCAGCAGCGCGUGGGUGCAGCUCAGCGGCAUCCCCUCCUCCAUGGGGAGCAAGAGCGUGUUCGACCUCCUCCAGCAGUUCGGCGGGCCGCUGAAGAGCCUGGACAUGCCCGAGAGCUGCCCAGGGAGCGGCGUAGCCGAGUACGUCGACCGCAAGUCUGCGCUGGAGGCGCUCAAGUUCUCGCCCCUGCUCGGCUUCAUAGAGGUGAAGGCGAUCGACGCGGCGGCGGCGGCGGUCCUCGUCGGCCGCGCGGCCGCCCCCGCGGUGGCGGGGAGCACCGAGGGCCCGGCCGCGAAGCGGCUGCGGAGGACGCGCUUCGACCCCACGCCCGCUGGGGCGCAGGAGGCCGACGAGAACGACCUGGGGCCCUUCGAGGCGGCGCUGCGGGGGCGCGGGCUGCCACCCGCCGCAGCGGCGCCGGCCGAGGACGCGCUGGACCUCGGCCCCUUCGAGGCGGUGCUACCGAAGAGGCGCUCCGACCCCGACCCGGCCGACGACCUGGGGCCUUUCGAGUCCGUGCUGCCGCCCGCGCGCGGGCCAGAGCCCGAGGAUGACUUGGGCCCCUUCGAGUCCGUGCUGCCGCCGCGGCCGGGCGCCGGGCCUGCCGCGGCCGACGGCUCCGCCACGGAGGAGGAGAGUCGCCAAAGGCCGCGCCGGACGACGACCUGGGCCCCUUCGGGGCCGCGAUCCAGAGCUUCGAGGGGAAAGCCAGUGGUGGCCGCAGGGCCUGAGGCGAGCGUCGUGCGCCGCCGGGCGCCGCCCCUCGCCGCGCUCUCGGGCCCCCACAGCGCUGCAGUCCGCUCGGCCCUCGCUCGAGGAAGAUAAUCCGGUUCGACAACGCUCGUUGGGAGCAGUUCGCUCUACGCUCGGGGUGCCGGGGUGCGCAGCAUGCAGCGAGACUGGUGCAAUCGUCGCGCAAUCCGAGGUGCGCUGAGGACUUCUCGGGUCGGCGCUGAGGGACCCCCCUGGGGCGGUCCACGUGCUAGGGGGAAGUCCGCUCGGAGCUCCGAAAGUCUGUGCUCGUGCCGAUUCCUCUUCUUCCGGCAGCGCCGCCGGCAGCCAGCGCGCGGGCGCCGCGGGGGGGCAGCUGGCGCCGUCGCCGCCUUCAGACCGCCGCGCGUGAUGGU